AUGGAUGUGGAAGGGUGGGGUUCCAGGAUGGUGGCGGAGGAGGGCAAGACUCGGGCCACGGACUUCUCCAUCGCGGCCAUCAUGGCCCGCAGCGCAGAGCAGCCGCGCAGUCCCGUCGCUAGGUCGCCGCCAUUUCUCGGUCCAUCAUCCAGACAAAGCUCACCUGCAUCUCUUAGUUCACCGGCCUCGAGCUGUAGGUCGCCUGUGCCGGAUGAAGAUGUUGAAGUUGACGUGGAACAGUGUUCAGAUGGUGAACGGGACGCGUCUGACACUGCGGCACCUUCUUCAGAAUUGGGUGAGAGAGACACGCCGUCACCAGCGCGACCGAUGGCACCUCCCGUGACUUCAUGUAAUUGUGAAGAACUCCUAUCUGUCGAUUGCCAACUAGAAACUAAGGAGCUAUGGGACAAAUUCCAUGACUUAGGCACUGAGAUGAUUAUAACAAAAACUGGAAGGCGGAUGUUUCCAACAGUGCGAGUGUCAUUCGCGGGCUGCCGAGCCGAGGCUCGGUACGCAGUACUGCUAGACGUGGUGCCGGUAGACGGCAAGCGCUACCGUUACGCGUACCAUCGCUCAUCGUGGCUCGUAGCAGGCAAGGCAGACCCUCCCGCACCCGCUCGUCUGUACCCGCACCCAGACUCGCCAUUCUCCGGUGAUCAACUUCGCAAGCAGGUAGUCUCUUUCGAGAAGGUCAAGCUCACCAACAACGAAAUGGACAAGAAUGGACAGAUUGUCUUAAAUUCUAUGCAUCGGUACCAGCCUCGAAUCCAUUUGGUAAAAGUUCGAGAAGGAGGUGGUCCCAUUACUGAUCUGUCCAGAGAACAGCACAGAACGUUCAUAUUCCCCGAGACGGUGUUCACUGCCGUCACCGCCUAUCAGAACCAGCUGAUUACCAAAUUGAAAAUUGACUCAAAUCCUUUUGCGAAAGGCUUCAGAGAUUCAUCUAGACUUACUGAUUUUGACAGAGAUCCGAUGGAGUUGAUGCUAAUGGAGCAACAGUUGCUUCGGUCUCCACUGCGGCUGUACUCGGGAGCGACGGGAACCAGUGAAGAGGAAGCGGAGAAGCGAGCAGCGUGGGCAAGGACUCCGCCUGCAUUACAGCUGCUGGCCCUGGGUGGACGCGCCUGGCCCUCUGCCUGGCCACAGCCCCUCGCGCUACCACCUGACCUUUGGCUGCAGAAACCUCCUGCACCUCUACGCUACUGCCCCUACCCGCCUCCCACGCACCCACAACAGCAACCUUCCAGGCCAGAGCAUGCAUCGUCACCCAGGCAUCCCAUG